UGAGAUAACAAAAGAAAUUGAAUAAAUCUGCUACUACAAAAUCCAAAAUGGUUAAUUAGUAUAAGAGCAAAGAGGAGACUUUGCUACAUCAGAGGAUCAUUCGUCGUCUCACCUCCAUCUCUCGAAGCCCUCAACAAUGGCGCACAAGGUAUCAAUGAUAGUGUUGAAGGUUGAUCUUGAGUGCUCACGCUGCUACAAUAAGAUCAGGAAAACCCUCUCUAGAUACCGCGAGAGAUAUCAAAUAGUGGAGGAGAUAUUCGACGACAAACAGAACACUGUCACCAUCAGUGGCCCCUUCUGCCCCAAGAAGCUCGCUAGAAAGCUCUGCUGCAAAGCUAGAAAUGCCAUUAAAUGCAUCGAGAUUGUAGAGGAAACGCCUCCGAAGAAACCCAAAUCCCUCGAUCCACCCAAGCCGGAGCCUGAGCCUGAGCCUGAGCCUGAGUCUGAGUCCGAGCCCGCCGAGCCUGAGCCCGCUCCCGCUCCCGCACCCCCUCCCGCUCCCGUGCCCCCUCCCUUGCCAAAGCCAGCGCCCCCGCCCCCGCCCCCAUCCCCGCCCGCGCCCAUGAAGAUCCAACCCGAAGAAGAUGAACGAUAUCGUGGGUCUGAGUUGUUUCCCCUCCUUUGUCUUUCUCCCAUGGAGAUGGAGCAGAGCCGGAGCCGGAGCCGGAGCAGCACCAGAAGAAGCGACAGGAACAACAAACGGUUCCAAGAGAAGAAACUUCAGAAUCGUUCCAACUGA